AUGUCCAUCCUGCAAGGACAAGUCACUCAAGCUUUUGUGAACGAGGAAAUGUUCAAGACAAACACCACUCCAGGACCAUCUUUCCACUAUAAUGACACAACUUUCCAACAUGAUAUCAAUGAAUGCUGUAUACGGGUACACCGCUAUGGCUUGCGGAAUAUUCAUCGCUGCAAAUAUUCAGGUGACUUGUUUUCUGAUCGUGUGCGAGCAGAUGAGCAACCGAAUUCGACGGAAAUUCGUACAGGCCAUCCUGCGCCAGGACAUUCCGUGGUUCGACACAAAUAA